AUGAGCAUGGCACAGGGUGUCAAUGGGAUGGGCAUGGUGGCAUCGGCGGCUCAUCUCGAGGUUGACGACCGACAGCGCAACCAGCAGACCAUGAAACUCAGUCUGUAUCCCACCAGACCAAACGCAUAUCCGAAUUCGAAUUCCCAUCCUCAUCCCAAUCCCAAUCACAAUCACAAUCCCAAUUCCCAGCCGCGACCUCGAACGGCCAACUCCAACACUAGACCUCCUCCUUCGCCCACCGCCUCGUUUCGAGGCCAGCGACUACCACUACCCCAACAACCAUCUCGACAGCAUUCACAGUCGCUACAGACGGGCUCUCAAGAAUCUUUGUACCCUCUUACCAAUUAUCCGGGCAUCCAACCUCCCAGACCUGCUACUGCUACUCCUUAUGAGCAAGAACAUGGUCAUUCCGCCCCAACUUCUCGGAGGCCUUCGACGUCCCAAUCCUAUUAUCAAUCUAAUCACGAACUGCAACCACGCUCAGUCACUCCCUCUCCGCAGUCACAUCACCCUCCACCUGUCAAUUACCCCCGUCCCGGAUCACAAGAGAGACUGCAUAAGAGACCCUCCGAGGCAUCGCGGUUACGAGCUCUGAAUAAUGGGUACCGGUCACAUUCUUCAGAGGGAAGAAGAACUCCCGAUACCAUGGUGGUCGAGAACUUCUCGCGUCCGCGGCAACCUUCCGUACGAAGCAGGAACGAAUCACCACGACCAAUGCUUCAAGCCUCCUCCACCUUCCCAGUCCGAGAACACGCACAAGAAAACGAUCAGAACCACCUCUACUCCUCGUCUCUCCGCGACCGCGGGUUGUCUUCGAGCUCCGCUCAAUCCGUUGCCAGCAACCUUCCCGCUUUCCAACUGCGACCCUCAGCCUCCAUCCCCGACUAUCAAACUCCGGACUCGGUAUAUUCAAGACAGAGAAACUUGAACAACAACUCCUCCUAUCGACCAGGCAGAGUCGUCAGUCGGGCCGACAGCAACUACUCGGCCCAUCGGCGAGAUCCAAUGGUUCAUUCAAGAACAGACGACAGUGAAGAGGUGCGGGCUAGUUUUCGAUCGGCUCUUACGACGAAUUCGAGUUAUAUGGCCAGUGGGACGGAAAGGAGCAGCAUAAUGACCAAGAGUAGUUCCACCUCGAUAUUCGAGAGACCAGAAGGAAGAGAAGAAGGAAUGAGCGUAGAUGAUGCGAUUGGGAUGUAUGAAGGAGGUUUCCAAGAUUCUGGCACAGACGAUGCGGUAUCGAGGCGUGGGACUAGUAGGGACUCGGAGGGAAACCGGACACGAAUGCUGGAGGAGGCCAUGAAUGAUCAAUUGGCGCUGCCAACACAGCCUCUGGUACGGGAUUCCAUGGCCAUGUUUCGAGCUAGUACUAUUGAUGACGCCGGCUCCUCUAUCCCUGAGGAAAAAGUGGGAAAGCCAGCCGAUACGUUGGAAGUAAAGGUACCUGAGCAGAGCUCUCAGCCUGUCAGUCGCCCAACCACGAGAGCAGCACCGACGACUUGGGAUGACACGCGAGAUCGUUACGGGUUUCGCAAGAAUACGCAGCAUGUACCAGUGGCUCAAUUUGAAGCCUGGAAUGGACCAUAUACCGAGCAUCUUGUUCGACGGCGGAAGAAAUGGGUGGCUCUGAUGAAGGACAGUGGGUUGCCAUCGGAGAAUCCUCAGGUAUUCCCACCAAAAUUUGACAAGGUGAAACGAUUUGUUCGAAAAGGAAUACCUCCAGAUUGGAGAGGGGCUGCCUGGUUCUUUUACGCUGGUGGACCCGCCAUGCUACAAAAGCACCAAGGAGUAUACGACGACUUGAUGCAGAAAGCAGCCAAUGGAGGAGUCAGUGAGACGGAUGAUGAAAUUAUUGAGCGAGAUCUCAAUCGAACGUUUCCUGACAACAUCAGAUUCAAGCCAGACCCUCUACCAGGCGAGGAUACACUUGCCCCCGCGGUGUCUGAAACUCCCAUUUUACAAUCACUUCGACGUGUUUUGCAAGCAUUUGCUAUCUACAAUCCCAAAAUCGGUUAUUGCCAGUCUCUUAACUUUCUUGCCGGAUUAUUGCUAUUAUUUAUGGAAGAGGAAAAGUCGUUUUGGAUGCUCAAUAUCAUUACUCGGGUUUAUCUACCGGGGACGCAUGAGCUUAAUCUCGAGGGGGCCAAUGUUGAUCUUGGAGUUUUGAUGAUUAGUGUCAAGGAUAUGAUGCCUGCAAUUUGGGCGAAGAUUGGUGGGGAGCUUGACGGUACUGCUGGUGAUGGGAGAGUUUCUAUGCGAUUACCACCAAUCACCUUGUGCACGACCGCUUGGUUUAUGUCAUGUUUCAUUGGUACUCUUCCCAUUGAGACCACCUUGAGAGUUUGGGACUCUUUCUUCUACGAAGGUAGCAAGACCUUAUUCCGGAUAGCAUUGACCAUCUUCAAGGUUGGCGAACAGGAGAUCAGGGCUGUGAGCGAUCCGAUGGAAAUUUUUCAAGUGGUGCAAACCAUUCCACGUAAAUUGGUGGACGCCAAUGCGCUUCUGACUGCAUGCUUCAAGCGUAGGAAUGGAUUUGGUCAUUUGAGUCAGGAGACCAUUGAAAAGGGGCGGGCGCUGAGAAGACAAGGUUACGCAGAUGAGAGAGCAAAAGCUGCAGGAUUGGUUGCCGGCGAUGGAUCACUUGGGAGGAAGAAGACAUUAUUAGGCAGGAAGAAAGGGAGGUCUGAAGCAACCACAGACUCUUGA